UUUUGGCUGAAGACUAAGCCCCCUGCGCAUGCUGCACUCCAUCUGCCUGGUUAGGUAGCUCCCUAGGAAUCUGUUGGGGGCGGGCAAGAGGGGAUCCCAUAACUCAGAUCCUCCCAAGGGGAGGGAAAGAGAUUCUGAAGCUUGGAGGAAGCGGGAAAUUCGCCCCAUAACUGCUCUUGGCUGUGCAUGGGGGGAGAUCCAAGAAUGGGGCUGGGGGGAGGAGAGAAGGAAGCCUAAAGGAAUCCCCUGCUCAUAUCUCCAUUUAGAUUCUGAUUCCGAGGCUGGAAGGAUCUUUGGAGAGCCAGCCGAGACCAGUUGCCCGGCGGUGCCAGUGCCUGGAAAAUCCUUUCUGAGUGUGGCAGAGGAGAAACAGGAGGAGUUGCAGUGGACAAAAUGGAGUCACCGUUGUUCACUGAAUCAUCUCCUUCUAUUGGUGGAGCUGAAGGAACUGCCGGAUUCCUGACUCAGGGUCCUGUGUCUUUUGAGGAGGUGGCUGUUAAUUUCAACAGUGAAGAGUGGUUGCUGCUUGAUCCCAGCCAGAAAGCCCUGUAUCUCGAAGUCAUGUUGGAAACGUCUAGAAUGGUGGCUUCUUUAGCCAUUGAUGCGCAGAAGAAGGAAAACGACCAAGAGCCAAAUUUAGUGCCAUUGCAAAUAAUCACAACUGAAAUUCCUGAGGAGACAUCUGCAAAUAAGUGGGGAAGGAGGAAACAUGAAAAGAAGCACAAUUUGAGAGAAAAAUCUAUUCUUGAAUGUGUGGAAAUGGAUCGCUUCCUGACCAAACGUGAUUCCAAAGAAAAUACAGAGAAAUUUCAAAGUAGAAAAAAAUUCAAAGGAAACCCCAAUGCUAGUAACCAUUGCAAAACGGAAAAGAACUUCAGCAGUAAUAAUCUUAUUUCACAUAAAAUGAACCAGGCAAAGGAGAAGCCCUACAACAGUGUGGGCUGUGGAAAAAGCGUUGGGACAAGAGGUAAUUUAGCUUCUCAUAAAAAUAUCCACACCAGUGAAAAAUGCUGUAAGUGCCUAGAGUGUGGGAAGAGUUUCACAACUAGCAGUUACCUGAUGUGCCACAAAAGGAUCCAUUCAGGGGAAAAACCUUAUAAAUGUGUGGAUUGUGGGAAAAAGUUCAGUCUGAAGAAUUCCCUUAGGUCCCAUAAAAGGAUACAUACAGGAGAAAAACCCUAUAAGUGCAUGGAGUGUGGAAAGAGCUUUAGGCAAAGCUGUGACCUUGUUUCCCAUAAACGGGUCCACACGGGAGAAAAACCCUAUAAAUGCAUGGAGUGUGGAAACAGCUAUAAAAGCAACCAUUCCCUGAACCUUCAUAAACGGAUCCACACAGGAGAAAAACCCUAUAAAUGCCUAGACUGUGGGAAGGACUUCAGGCAAAGCUGUGAGCUUGUUUCCCAUAAACUGGUCCACACAGGAGAAAAACCGUAUAAAUGUUUGGAGUGUGGAAAGAGCUACAAAACCAGCAGUUACCUGAACCUUCAUAAACGGCUCCACACAGGAGAAAAACCGUAUAAAUGCAUGGAAUGUGGAAAGAACUUCCGUGUAAAGAAUUCUCUUGUUUCUCAUAAACGGGUCCACAUAGGAGAAAAAUUAAAUAAAUGCAUGGACUGUGGAAAGGGCUUCAAUGUAAAGAGUGCUCUUAUUUCUCAUAAACGGAUCCACACAGGAGAAAAACCGUAUAAAUGCCCAGACUGUGGGAAGGGCUUCAGGCGAAAUUGUGAUCUUGUUUCCCAUAAACAGGUCCGCAUGGGAGAAAAACCCUAUAAAUGCAUGGAGUGUGGAAAGAGCUUCAAUGUAAAAAGUGCUCUUAUGUCUCAUAAACGGAUCCACACUGUAGAAAAACCAUAUAAAUGCCUAGAUUGUGGGGAGAGGUUCAGGCACAGAGCGUGUCUGAAAUUCCACAAAGGGAUCCAUAGAGAAGGAAAGCCUUAAAAAUGUGUGUAUUAUGGAAAAAGGUUCAGUGUGAAGACUUCCCUUACUUUGCAUAAAAGGAUUCAUACUGGAGAAAAACCCUAUAAAUGUAUAGAAUGUGGGAAGAGCUUCACAACUAGUAGUUACCUGAUGUGCCACAAAAGGAUCCAUACAAGAGAAAAACCUUACAAGUGUACAGACUGUGGAAAAAUCUUCGCUGCCAGUACGUUUCUGACUUACCAUAAAAGGACCUAGAAAGGAGAGAAACCCUAUAAAUCCCUGGAAUAUGGGAAGAGCUUCAGAUUUAAAAAUCAUCUUACUUCCCAUAAGAUGAUCCACACAGGAGGGAAAUAGAAAUGUAUGGAAUGCAGGAGUUUUUGCUGAAACACAAUGGUUCUCAAGAAAUAAUCCACAGUGGGCAGAAAACUAUGCCGUGGAAAGCCAUCAACUUAUUUCAUUUAUUAAUAUGACCCACAACAGGACAGGAGGAAGAUCCGUUUAGGGACUGAAGUGUCUUUAAUUUCUGUAAAAAGAUCCACUGUGAUAUGAAACCAUCCAAAGAUUUGGAGUAUAAAAAGAAUAACAUCUGUAGAAAAAUGUGGUGAACAGUCUUCCUUCUUUCAGAGUAUCGCCAUAGGAGCAACUGAAUAAAUGUAUGGAUUUUGGGAAGCUUUCUGGAUAGAUUUUUAAAUUUCAAUGGUAUUUCCUAUUCAGUUAAGUUAUCGCUCAAAAAAAUCUGUUUUUUUGAAACCCUAACAAUUGCCCCUCUCAUUGCUCCAAAACCUUAAAUGCUCUGCUUGGUAACAAGCUGCUUUAUUUAGGCAGAAAUUGAAUUAACAUCUGAAGUGAGUCUGGGAUCAGCCUCCAGGCUUUGUGAAGACCUGGUGUAUGCAAGCAAAGCAAGGGAAAAUGGAUUUGUGUAUAUUCAUUUUAGCUCUAAUUGUGUUGAAAAUACUGGCCUUCUUUAAACAAGUAGGAAGGCAUUUAAGCUUUUUUUUAAAAUACACUGUAUGUGUACAAGUUUGGUUGCAAGUGAAAAUUUAUCCCAAAUAUUUAUAUGUACAGGCAGAGUAAUAAAAUCAAA